UGAAGUGCAGUGGGGAGAGAGGAUUCACCAGAGACAGAGUGGGGAGCAGAACAGGCAGAUUGACUGAAAUACACUGCAGAGGGGAGCAGCAUCAAGAUAGGAGAGGUCUGCUGAGCCAUGUGGAUAUCUCCCUUGCAGGCUGGAGCUUGAACUCCUGCUGCAGAGGCUGCUGAUAGCUUUAUAGUGCUGUGCUUAACCACUUGUGCCACCAGGGAGGCCCGUGUACAUAUAAGAUUUCUGUCUGGGGUGGAGAAGAUUACUCUUGAGAACACCUGGUCCCCUUUUCACUUCCUGUCACAACCUGUGUUGUGUCCCCCAGCCUGGAUAUGAGUGACUCACCCCCAGUUCUCACUCCCCAUUGCCUGGAGGGUUUCCAGAGCAGCCAAUCAGCAUCAGCACCUCUCACUACACAGCCUACAGGCAGAUUCUCACUAGCAAAGUCGUGAAGCUUUGCAGGUCAUGAAGCUUCCCACUCUUCUGCUGCUGCUCUUGGGGGCCCUGGCCCAGACCAAGACUUGGGCAGGAUCUCACUCCCUGAGAAUUUUCGAAACCGCGAUGUCCCGGCCGGGCUUCGGGGAGCCCCGAUACAUCUCCGUGGGCUACGUGGACGACACGCAGUUCGGGCGGUUCGACAGUGACUCUCCGCGUCGGAAGGCCGAGCCACGGGCGUCCUGGAUGGAGCAGGUGGAGCAGGAGGCUCUGGACGAGGAGACGCUGAACCAGAGGCGCAGCAUAGGCAAACACCGAGAGAACCUGCGCAACCUGCGCGGCUACUACAACCAGAGCGAGGACCGUGAGCGCCGCGGGCCCUCCAGGGUCGCCCCGAGUCAUCAUCGGGUCCCAUCGACAUCCCAAGGCUGUGGGGCCCCCCUGGACCCUCAACCCGCCAAGAGCCCGCGGGCCUUUCUUCCGCGCGGUUCCGUUUGUAGUUUAGGUUUAUUCAGGGCGGGAGGUCGGGGCGACUGACGCGGGGCGGGGACAGGGUCUCACACUUUCCAGAGGAUGU